AAAGUGGCGGGUGAACGGAUAGCAAACCGCUAUAUAGCGACAAGAGGAAAAAACAAAAUGGCUGCUUGCGUUGUUCAGUAGCUGUGUUUAUUCAAGUGACAGCAGCCGAAGUUUCGUUCUUUAGUUUAACUUUGAAAGUAAGAUUGCGUGGAAGUUUGUUUUAUAUACUUCUGAAGUACAGGAGAUACCGGAGACCAUUUUUAACCUUUGGAAAGGCGUCUUUACAAAGUGUCAUCCCUCAGCAUGACGAAGGAGGAGGAUAAAGUCAUCCCGGUCCGUGUAGCUCUCCGCUGCCGCCCUCUGGUUGCCAAAGAGCUGAAUGAAGGCUGUCAGAGCUGCCUUACAUUCGUGCCUGGAGAGCCACAGGUGGUUGUGGGCAACGAUAAAGCCUUCACCUAUGACUACGUGUUUGAUCCCACUACAGAGCAGGAGGAAGUGUUUAACACGGCCGUGUUGUCUCUGAUCUCUGGCCUAUUCAAAGGUUAUAACGCCACAGUGCUAGCGUACGGCCAGACCGGCUCAGGAAAGACCUUCUCCAUGGGAGGCACCUACACGUCAGCGCAAGAGAACGAACCUACUGUCGGCGUCAUCCCCAGAGUGGUUCGGAAAAUCUUUCAAGAAAGAGACAAGAGGACAGAGUGUGAAUUCCUCCUCUCUGUUUCAUAUCUUGAGAUUUACAACGAAGAGAUUUUGGAUCUUCUAUGUACGUCAAAAGAUAAACCCGUUAUUAGCAUCAGAGAAGAUCCAAAAGAAGGCAUCAAAAUUGUAGGUCUGACGGAGAAGGAGGUGUUCACCGCUCAGGAGAUGGUGGGCUGUCUGGAGGCGGGGAACUCGGUCCGUACCGUAGGCUCCACGGCCAUGAACGCCGCCUCGUCCCGUUCCCACGCCAUCUUCACCAUCAGCCUGGAACAGCGCCGCGGAGGUGACAAAAAUGAUGCCAUGGUCUCCAAACUGCACUUGGUAGAUCUCGCUGGGUCCGAGAGGCAAAAGAAAACUAAAGCUGAAGGAGAUCGUCUCAAAGAAGGUAUCAGCAUAAACAGAGGCCUGCUGUCACUGGGAAAUGUGAUCAGCGCUCUUGGCGAUGAAAGCAAAAAGGGCACGUUUGUACCUUACAGAGACUCCAAGCUGACUCGUCUGCUGCAGGACUCCUUGGGAGGAAACAGUCACACUUUGAUGAUCGCGUGUGUCAGUCCGGCUGACUCCAACAUCGAGGAGACCAUCAACACACUGCGUUAUGCAGACCGCGCACGUAAAAUCAAGAACAAGCCGAUUCUCAACGUGGAUCCUCGAGCUGCUGAGAUGAAGCGUCUCAAGCAGCAGGUACAAGAGCUUCAGGUGAUGCUGUUGCACGCUCGAGGAGGCGUGGCUCCUGUGCUUUCAGGGUCCGAGGAAGCCGCAAACGUGUCGAAGGUUCUGGAGCGUAACCGGAGUCUACAGGAGGAGAACAGCAAGCUGAGUCGAGAGCUUAGUGAGGCCGUCACACAGACUGCCCUCAUGUGUGAAAGGAUCAUUGUGACUGAGCAAGUCAACGAGAAACUCCAGAGCAAACUAGAAGAACUGAGGCAGCAUGCUGCGUGUAAAGUGGAUCUUCAGAAGAUGGUAGAGACCCUGGAGGAUCAAGAGCUGAAGGAGAAUGUGGAGGUCAUCCGAAGCCUUCAGCAUCUCAUCCUGGAGCUACAACAUGAGAGCGCAGGGAUCGCUGCCACUAUAGACGCUAUGACCUCGGGCAAUUCCACAUCUCUGGAGGUCGAGGCAGAGGGCAACGCCUCGGACACGAGCCACAGUCCUGCCUCUGGCUCACCUGUGGCCAGCAAUGCUGAAGCUCAGGCCAAGAACUCCCCAGAGACCUUCACUACCCAGCAUGCUCUGAGGCAGGCUCAGAUGUCCAAAGAACUCAUUGAGCUCAAUAAGGUUCUUGCACUAAAAGAGGCCUUUGUCAAGAAAAUGUGCCAGAAUGACAGUCACUUGGAACCGAUACAAACAGAAUAUCAGGAGAACAUCAAACACCUCCAGGCUGAGGUUGGAUUACUGCAGAAAGAGAAGGAAGAUCUGAUCCUCGCACUUCACUCUGCUAAGAAAGACACCAAUCAAGCAAAAUUGAGUGAGCAGCGCAGGAAGAGGUUACAGGAGUUAGAAGGGCAGAUGACUGAGCUGAAGAAGAAACUUCAGGACCAGUCCAAGCUUCUGAAGCUCAAAGAGUCAUCAGUGCGCAGCGUGGCUAAACUUAAUCAGGAGAUUCAAGCUAUGAAGGCUCAGCGAGUGCAGCUGAUGAGGCAGAUGAAGGAGGACUCUGAGAAAUUCCGUGUGUGGAAGAUGAAGAAAGAUAAAGAAGUUCUGCAGCUGAAAGAAAAGGAUCGUAAGCGACAGUAUGAGAUGCUGAAGCUGGAAAGGGAUUUCCAGAAACAGGCGAACGUCCUGCGACGCAAAACUGAGGAGGCUGCUGCAGCUAACAAACGGCUGAAGGACGCUCUUCAGAAAAGAAGCGAAGUGGCCGAGAAACGCAAAGACACUCACAACCGCGGUAUGGAGGGAGUCGCAAGCAGAGUGAAGGCCUGGCUUCUGAAUGAGGUGGAGGUUUUGGUGAGUACAGAGGAAGCUCGACGCCACCUUCAGGACCUGCUUGAGGACAGGAAGAUGUUAGCUGAGGAGAUAGCUCGACUCCGCCAACAGAUGGAGUCUGGAGAAAAACCAAUGGCUAAAGUGCGCCGCCGCACCCUGACCAUCUCUGAGCUGGAGGGUAAAGGAGAGCUGGAGGCUUCCAUCAGUAAACAAGUGGACAACCUGGAGACUGAGAUGGACCUCAGGAGUGCUCAGAUCGCCGACCUGCAGCAGAAAGUUCUGGAUGCUGAUAACGAAGGUCGAAUGAAGCAGCGCUGGGACUCCAUCACCACCAUUGUGGAGGCCAAGAGUGCCUUGAAAAUUCUCAUGUCUGAGGUUGUGACCUCCAAGACCGCGAUCGCAAAGCUGGAGAGCGAGCUGAAGCAGGAGCAGGCGAACCACAUGGACCUGCAGAAGGUGCUGUGUGAUGAGAGGAAGCUGAUGUCUACUAUGGACAUGGAGCACCAGAGCCACCUUGUGGAGCUCGAGCAGAGACACCAGGAAAAGGUUCUUUAUCUCCUCAGUCAGUUACAGAACAAACCCAUAGAAGAGAAGGAGGAGGAAAAGCAGGAGACCUCCAAGAGGGAGAGGGAGCUGCUACAGCGCUUGAAGUUUCAGGAGGAGGAGCUCCAGAAGAUGCGAGAACUCUCUGAGCAAAACCAGAAACUCCUGGAAGAACUUGAGCAAUACAAACAGAAAUUACUUCUGACUCAGCUGACCAGCGCAAAGAAAGUACCUCCGGCAGCAACCAAAUCCCCGGACACAUCUUUUGAAUAUAUUCCUCCUAAGCCCAAAGCCAAAUCGUCCACGGCGCGAGCUCCUCUACAGGAACCCACCAUCGACCUGGACGAGCUGGUGUCUCCAUCCGAGUCGGAGAAGGAGGACGACGAGUGGCGUCCGGAGAAGAGGGAGAGGAGCAGACGAGGCUCUAAGAAGUCUAAAAUGACUGGGUGUGCCUGUAAGGGACGAUGCGUCAAUAAACUGUGCCGCUGCCGCAAAGGACGAAUGACGUGCGGUGAGAACUGUCUCUGUGACCACGAGAAGUGUCGCAACAUGGACAACGGCGGCGGGAUGGAUGCUGCUGAGAUAAAUGACGCAUCCAAAGACUCUGUUUCUGUUCCUGAAGACCCCACAGCUGUAAGCCCUCGAGACGCUACCUUCUUCAGACCUCCUUCUGUUCCACCAACUAAAAAGGAAAUUGGAGACAUCAGCAAUCUGUCGUCGGUUCUGAAGUUGGAGAAGAAACCCGUCCCCGCUGAUCUGGAUAGCGAAAGUGAGGAAUCUGAAGAGUCUAUCAUGCCCAGCUUCCUGCGCAAGAACAAGAGAGGACUGAACAACUUCAAGAACAGCUUCUUUUCAGGCUGCACUCCGGUGCGUGAGGAAUCGUGAAGCCGCCGGGAGACCGGAUCACGCUCACUCCUCUCAUCUUUUUUCUGUUUUUGUCUUUUUACAUGUGAACAUCUUUUCUUUUUUUAACCAUGUCUGAGAAUCUGUGUCUUCUGUACGUCAAGCGUGUUCUUUUAACGUAGCAAAUUAACCCUAUCUUUUGUUAAUGUGACUUUUCACACAAGGUUUUACUGUAGUAAAAUAAUUAUUAAAUGACAAUAAAUGA